GCUUUUCGUUUCCGAGAACUCAUUUUGCAGCCUCUGCAAAAAACAACUUAAAAGACCAGCGCCGCCGAUCCGCCGCAUCUCCCGCCGGCGGCCGGAGUCCUCUACUCCCCUUCCCCGAGGCCUGGUCAUCCACGACCUCGUCACUCCGCUGCCCAGACCAGCGCCAGCGGCGCCAGGUCAAACUCCAAAACCCCAAGCCUUCCCCAAUGCUCCCCCACCCCUCCUCCUUCUCCGCAAGUCAACCCCAACCGCCCCACGCCCAUGGCUCCCUCCCCUCCCCUCCUCCUCCUCCUCCUGGUGCUCACCGGCCUCGGCCUCGCCGCCGCCCAGCCUGAAGGUCCUUUCCCGCCGUUUCAGCAGCAGCGCUCUACCAACGCCGCCGACGCGGCUGCGCUGCGCGCGGUGUUCCAACAGUGGGGUCUCGCGGCGGCGGCUGGUGCGCCGGAGGAGGACCCGUGCCAGAAGCGGGUCUGGCUCCAGUCCUUCGCGACGAACGCGUCCAUCGACUGCGGCUGCGACGCCGCGAACGGCGAGUGCCGCAUCACGCACCUGAAUGUGACUGGCUUCUGGAACAUCAGUGUGAUCCCGCCGGCGCUCUUCAACUUGACGGAGCUGGUCUCUCUGGAUUUGAGCAAUAACAACUUAAGUGGUUCAAUACCUCCAGAAGUUUCCAAUCUCUCCAAACUGGAAACAUGGCACUUCAACAACAACAAACUUAGUGGGCCUUUUCCUAAUGAAUCUUCACGCUUAGGGAGUCUUCAGUCCCUGUGGAUGUUCGAUAAUUACAUUGAAGGACUACUUCCAGAAUUUAUUGCGAACUUUACCAAUCUCACAGACCUGAGAAUAUAUGGGAUGAAACUUCGAGGACCUAUUCCCAAAAAUUUCUCUAAUUUGAUCAAUCUGGAAAAACUGAUGCUUGGUGAUCUUGAUGGUGGAAAUUCUACUUUUAAUUUCAUAGCAGAUUGGGCAAAUCUUUCAACAUUAUCACUGAGAAAAUGCGGAAUCAUUGACCAGUUGCCUAGUACUCCCCCAAAAUUACCCAAGCUAACGUACUUAGAUUUGAGAUCAAACAACUUAUCAGGCUCAAUUCAACAAUUGCUUCCCUAUAGGAGUUCACGCUACCUAUAUGUGGGUGAAAACAACUUUAGUGGACAGCUGCCUUCUGAAAUUGUUCAGUCAUCACUUGCUUUGGACAUUUCAUAUAAUCCUUUACUUAAUGGAAGCCUUCCUAAUAUUCCUGCUGAUCGGAAGUGGCCAAUAAAUUAUAUCGGAACCUCAAUUGAUGCAAGCAGAACAAUUAACAGUGAGAACCUUACUCUCCUGAACUGUCUCGGCAUGAAAGAAUGCAACAGAACAUCUUACACUAAUCCUAUAACUUCCUUCGCUGUAAACUGUGGUGGCAAGCAAAAGACCUAUCAAGAUUCAUUGCCAAUUACGUUCUCCGAUGACACCAGUAACCUUGGAGCAGCAGGCAUCCAUGUUGAUACUGACAAGCAAUGGGUAGUUAGUCAUGUGGGUUCUGAUCCUGUUGUUAGUGAAUCUCCUGGCAUUGUAAAUACAAAUCAAGGUUUUCUUGGAGUAGACAUGCCUGAGCUCUAUCAAACAGCAAGGACGUCAAGAAGUGCUUUGUCGUACUAUGUGGUUGGUUUGUCUAAUGGAAAAUAUACAGUUCAACUCUUCUUUGCGGAGAUUGUUAUUGACAGUCAAUUAAAUCAUGGUCCAGGAAGGCGUUUAUUUAACAUUGAUAUUCAGGAUCAAAACAUCAAGACAGAUUUUGACAUCACUAAGGAAGCAGGUGGUUUCAGAAGACCCAUGAACAUAACUUAUGAAGUAACAGUGGAUAACCCUGUACUUAAGAUACAUCUGUAUUGGAAUGGACGAGGUACAUGCUGUAUUCCAUAUGAAGGUGCCUAUGGGCCUCUGGUGUCAGCAAUAAGAGUUUUCCGCCCCAAAAAUCCAAACAACAUCCCCCCACCCACGCCACCACGUUCAGCGCGGCCAGACAACAAGCGAAGAGGAGUGGUUGUAGGCAUCGCAGCCCUGUGUAUAGCGAUGGCGGUGAUAUCUUCGUCCGUCGCCUACCUCUGGUGGAAAUGGGUUUCACUUGUGAAGCAUCCAAACGCAUGACGGUUUCAAGUGUGCAUAGCAGGCGAAUGAGCCUCUGAUACUGUAUCAUGUAUAUUCAUAUACGUGCGCUGAGCUUUCUUGGGUUGGGGCACGGAGCCUGUACAGGAAACCUACCUGCGUAGCGUGAAGAGGAGAAACACAUUGAUGUACAGUUCGGUUUGCGUUCAGGAUCUUAGGUCUAUAGCUUCCUUUUGUUUUUUUUCAAUCUUUGAUUGUAAUCUCUUAAGAACAUACUGAAGUCAUCCCAGGUUUUGUUUUUAUAUAUUGCAUCCAUGUUCAUUUGUUUAUUGAAGCUCAUUUUUCUUGUA